AUGCCGUCGCCUGAAGAAGCCAGUACAUCAACAGCGGAGCCUACUUUCAAGUCUCUUGGACUCAUCAACCCUUUACUGGAAGCCCUUGAUCAGCUGAAGUACAAGGAGCCGACGGAUAUCCAGAGAGAGGCGCUACCCCAUGCUCUCGAAGGUCGCGACAUCAUCGGCGUAGCGUCGACGGGAUCCGGAAAGACCGCCGCGUUCGCGCUGCCUAUACUGCAGAAACUAUGGGAGGAGCCGAGGGGUCUCUUCGCCUGCGUCUUGGCGCCCACUCGUGAACUCGCGUACCAGAUCUCGCAGCAGUUUGAGGCUCUGGGAUCGGCCAUGGGCGUGCGGUGUGCGGUGUUGGUGGGAGGAAUGGAUCUGAUUGACCAGGCUGUCGCGCUGGCGAAGAAGCCGCAUAUCAUCGUGGCCACGCCGGGACGUCUGCAGCAGCAUCUCACGGAGACUAAAGGGUUCAGCUUGAGAGGGCUCAAGUUCCUGGUACUAGACGAGGCGGAUCGUCUACUGGAUCUGGACUUCGGCCCGGUCAUCGACCAAAUUCUGAAGAUCAUACCGAAGGAACGGACAACGUACCUGUUCUCCGCCACAAUGACCACGAAGGUCGCCAAGCUGCAAAGGGCAAGUUUGUCCAAUCCUAUACGGGUGGAGGUCUCUUCCAAAUACCAAACAGUAUCUACGCUCUUACAAUAUUACCUAUUUAUACCACUCUCCCAAAAGGACGUUCACCUCAUAUACCUCGCCAACUCUCUUGCCUCGAACUCGAUCAUCAUCUUCACUCGAACGGUCCAUGAUGCUCAGCGAUUAUCCAUCAUGCUCCGCAUCCUCGGCUUUCCCGCCGUCCCCCUGCACGGUCAGCUCAGUCAAAGCGCUCGGCUAGGCGCUCUGGCCAAGUUCAAAAGCGGGGGCCGAAAGGUGCUCGUAGCGACCGACGUCGCGAGCCGAGGGCUGGACAUCCCCUCGGUGGACAUCGUCAUCAACUUCGACAUCCCGAACCACUCGAAGGACUACAUCCACCGCGUCGGCCGGACGGCGCGCGCGGGGCGGUCCGGAAAAUCGAUCACGCUCGUGACGCAGUACGACGUCGAGCUGAUCCAGCGGAUCGAGGAGGUGAUAGAGAAGAAGAUGGAGUUGUGGCCGACGGAUAAAGAGGAGAUCGCGCUGUUGAGGGAGAGGGUGAACGAGGCGGGGCGGCUGGCGAUCAACGAGAUGAAGGAGCAAGCCGCGGGUGGCGGUGGGGGGAGGAAGCGGAGAGUGCAGGGAGGGGGUGGUCGAGAUGACCGGGAUCGGGACGACGACGAGGUCGAGGCGGGGAUGCCGUCAAGGAAGAGAAGCAAGGGGCGGCGAUGA